AUGGUAAAUCCUCCUCAACCAAGAAAUCAACCACCUUCAUCACCAAGAGUUUCACAAUCGCUGUUAUCAGCUGCAUCUAAUCAUUCAUCAAUAAAUAAUCCAAAUUCAUCAAAACCUUCUCCUUCAAUGGCGAAUGCUCAAUUACAUAAUCAACAACUGCAACAACAACAAUACCCUUCUCAUCAUACUCAUCCUCAUUUACAUCAUGUUUCAACUAACUCAUCACAAUCUUCAAAUGCAUCUGUGUCUUCACAAUCUUCAUCUAAUUUUCAUCAUGCACCUUCUCAACAACAACAGCAACCACAUCAUCAUCAUUCACAUUCUCAUAGUGUAAGUCAUGGUUCAAAUCAUCCAUCACGUAAACCUUCUAUAGUUGAAUUAUUAAGUUCACCACCUCCAUUACCAAUAGAUCAAGAUGAUUCAAUCCAUCAUUUAAGUUUAUCAAGAAAUCCAUCUAUUUCAUCAAGAACUUCUCAAGGUUCAAUAAAUCCUUUUAAUCAUCAUUUACAUCAUCAUCCUUCAAAUUCUUCAACUGAAAGAAAUGCAUCUAUAACAACAGCACAAGCACCAGAUUGGAGUGAUAUUCCAUUGACUGAAAUUGUUGAAUCAAAUAAAUUAAUAAGUAUUCAUGCAUCUCAUUCAGUUCAAUCAGCAUUUGAAACUUUAGUUAAAAAUGAUUUAACAAGUGUUCCUGUAUCAAUAUCAAAAGAUGAUCCAACAGAUUUAAGAAAUUGUUUAACAUUUGAUUAUAGUGAUUUGAAUACUUACUUAUUAUUAAUUAUGAAUAAAAUUGAUUAUUCUGAAUUAAAUGUUGAUGAAAUUGGUGAAGAAAAAUCAUCAUUAAAAGAAAAACAUGAUUUAAUUACAUUUAAUAUAAAUAAAGCUAAAAAAGGAGAAGAAGUACCAGUUGAAUUUAUUAUAAAAUUACAUCCAAAAAAUCCAUUUAUAAAAUUUGUUGAAAUUGAUACUUUAUUUUCUGUAAUGGAAACUUUAGGUAAUGGAGUUCAUAGAAUUGCUAUAACAAAUAAUGAAUCAACUAAAAUUAUUGGAAUAUUAUCUCAAAGAAGAUUAAUUAAAUAUAUGUGGGAAAAUGCUAGAAGAUUUCCUUCAUUAGAAUUUUAUCUUUCUUCAACUUUACAAGAUUUAAAAAUUGGUUCAAAUAAUCCUUUAACUAUUUAUGAUGAUCAACCUGUUUUAGAUGCAUUAUACAAGAUGUUUCAUGAAAAUGUAUCAUCAUUAGCUGUUAUAGAUAGAGGUAAAACUUUAAUUGGUAAUAUAUCAAUAGUUGAUGUUAGAAAUUUAACAAGUUCAAAAAAUUCUCAUUUAUUAUAUAAACCAGUAUUAAAUUUUAUAAGUUAUAAUUUAUCACAAAAGGGUAUUGAAGAAGGUCAAGAUCAAUUUCCAAUAUUUCAUGUAAAUAAUCAAAGUUCUUUAGGUAGAGUUAUUGCAAAAUUAGUUGCUACUGAAUCUCAUAGAUUAUGGGUUGUUGAUACUUCAAGAAAAGCAAGUAGUAUAAGUUCACAAUCUUCAAGUGCUCCAAAUAGUGGAAUUAAUAAUAAUGGAGUUACUGCUGGAUAUCCAUUACCUGCUGAUUCAAAUGUAUUAGAUAAAGCAGCAAGUGUUGAAGGAACUUUAAUGAGUAAUAAUAAUAAUGGUGGUGGUAAUAAUCAACGUCCUAAUGGAUCAAAUUCAAUAAGUAGUGAAUCAUCAUCAUCAAAUAGUGUUAAUACCAGUGGAGUAUCAUUAGCAACAAAUGCAGUACAACAAGAACAAGGUUAUAUUGGAGGUACUGGGAAAUUAAUUGGUGUUGUAACAUUAACUGAUAUAUUAGGAUUAUUUGCAAAUUCAAAAGGUCGUAGAACUGAUCCUCAAUCUGCAAGAAAUUUUAGAAGAAGAUCUUCAACAAGUACAACAAGAUCUUCAAUGGAUAGUAUUGAUACUACUUCUUUACGUCAAGCAAGUAUUCAUAAUAAUAGUAAUAACAGUGUUAUAUAA